UUAUUGUUUUCGAGUUUCUGAAACAUAGUUUCAGAUGUAUAGAUAUUAAUGAAACUGCCUCAAAGUACGAAAUUCCAAUAUCUUAGCAAUGUGAAAAUUAAUUAGUUUGCACGACGGUUCUGCCGCUGACUCGCGUGGUCCUUGACCGUGUGCGUUUAAUAUCGCAACUCGCAAUUGACGUUGCGUGAUUCUCCUAGUUAAUGGAAAAUUAAUUUUCAUUUUUUUUAAUAGAACAUUAAAAUGGAAGAAUACGCUAGAGAACCAUGCCCAUGGAGGAUAGUUGAUGACUGUGGUGGAGCCUUCACAAUGGGUGCGAUAGGUGGUGCAAUAUUCCAGAGUAUAAAAGGUUUUAGAAAUGCACCAAGUGGUAUAAACAAAAGAAUGUUGGGAAGUUUAAUGGCUAUCAAACAGAGAUCACCAAUUAUUGCUGGAAACUUUGCAAUCUGGGGUGGUAUGUUUUCUACUAUCGAUUGUACAUUAGUUCACUUCAGGAAAAAAGAAGAUCCUUGGAAUUCAAUAAUAAGUGGUGCAGCUACUGGAGGUAUUUUGGCAGCAAGAAAUGGUUUACCAGCUAUGGCUGGUAGUGCUAUUAUUGGAGGAGUUCUAUUGGCACUCAUUGAGGGUGUUGGUAUUUUAUUCACAAGGCUAUCUGCAGAACAAUUCAAACCUCCUACACUAGUCGUUGAUGAUCCCUCACAAUUAGGUCCACCUCAACCAGGACAGCCAUUGUAAA